AUGAGACAGGAUAGGAUGUAUUGGCUCGUAACGGUGCUGUUUGUGUGUAUUUGUGUAACCCAGACUGUGUGCGCGGAUAAGUUUGAGGAGAACAUAUUUUUCAACUACUACAACUCUACGGGAGAGUUGAUGCAUGUGUUCAACCUUGCAGAGAACAACUCAUAUCCGUAUGACGACGCGUGCCACCCUGCGGGGCGGUUCGCCAUCGUCGUUUUCGGAUGGAAAAUUGAUUGUGAAAAGUACUUUGUGCGAGAUUUGAUAACAAAUCUCACCGAGCACAGGGGAGGAUGUGUUAUAUGUAUGAACUACAAUAACUACUCUCAAGUGUCCAACUAUCUGCGCUUGAGACGAAACUUUAACGACAUCCAGAAUGUUCUGAAACGAAAACUCAUCUUUCUCGAGCAGCAGGGUUUUGAUCCGGAUAAUGGCUAUCUGUUCGGAUUCAGUUUCGGGGCCAAUCUGGUUCUCGGCGCUGCAAAAGACUUUGGUGCUAAGAAAAUCAGAGAAAUCGACGUUUGUGAGAUCAUCGGCAUGGCGUUUGACUCGAGCUACUCGAAUUCACCGAACCACCGGAAGGCAGCCAAAAACGUACAGUGUCUGCACACCAGCCGGCAGUAUGGUACUAAGUAUCUCAGUAGCUGCCACCAGGAUUGGAUUUUAGGAGACUGCGGUGAGAAGCAGGAAGCUGCUCCGUUGUCCUCGUUCGGUUCACACGGUGUCUGUCCGCUUUUCUACAACAGUGCCUUCGAUCACGACUUUCUAGCUGUUGAAAAUCAAAGCAACUGCACUGCAGACCAGGAGGCAGAGAACUGGCCGAGUGGAUUCAAGAUGGGUUAUAUGGAAACGAGGAAAUCACAGGUCAGGGGCCAGCUGUUUGCUCCAACUUACGGAUCGUUUCCGUUCAACGUCCCGAGUGAAACGCCUCAAGGUAGCCUGAGGAAUUUCGAUCUGGAAACCGAAUUUUCUGAUUUUGAGAAAUUGAACGAUGAUGACUAUGCAACGGACUUGGUCUUUGAUACGGAAACUUAAGAGUUAGUGGUGGUGGGAUUUUUACAUUACUUUGAAGUCCUGAUUGCUUGAAUAAACAUAACAAUUAUUGGACUACUGAAACCUAAAAAAAGUAUAAUUUUUGAAGUUCAUUAACGCAAAAUGUUAACUUGUACUCAUUUAGUUUAUAAACAAAUUACUUGGUUUCACAUAAUCUCAAGCAGCAACUUCAGUGCCAAUCGAGAAUGUGACCCAUAAAUCAUUAAUAUGAUUCUUAUUUGAAAAUAAUGCGAUUUUUUUUUAGGAAAACCGAAUAAUCACGAUCUUGUUUAAACUCAUAUGUUCUUAAGGGAACUCAAGCUUAAUCAUUAGAGCCAUCCAUUAAUUCAUUAUAAAGCAUUCCUGCCGUUAUAUAUAUGCUAUUUUGGUUAAGUAUUUUGAAUUGAUUAUAUUUGAUUUUUGAUUCACUAAACAUAGUUUCAAAUAUUAAAAUGAUAUGCUUUUAGUAGGACAUAUAGCCAAUAUAAAGCAUUUAAAAUGUUGAAUAUUACAUAUAUCAUUGAUAUUGUACUAAUGAUCACGUAGAUUCGCGCAUGAUGAAUAAUAUUUCUUUAGAUAGUAAGGAUGAACAUUAGUUCUCUACAAGAACAAAUCUAUAUAAAAUGAUGAUUAACAUUGACCGCGCUAAUGGCACAUUUCAUAACAACACCACUUAAAUGACUCUGCAAUUAUAUGACAAAAAUGAAUGAAAAUAACAUCUCAGUGACUAUUGAUUAAACUUGAUUAUCGAAAAUGAAGAUACAAACUAUAUAAAAAAAUCUGAAUGCAAACAAUAUAUUGGCUACAAACGGUAUUGAAGAUCCAUUUUUGGUGUAGAUUUGCUAAUUGUAGAUGGUGUUAUUGGAUUACAUGUUGAAUUUUACUUUGUAGGAUUCCAAAACUACCAUUAUAAAUCCUUUAAACCAA